GCGCCGCCGCGGCGGCCGAGCGGCGCCCCGCCCCGGCCUUUGUGCGGCUGUGGGCGCGGCGCGCCGCGGCGGAGCUGCUGGCGGCGCUGCUGGAGGAGCCGGGCGGCGCCGGGGGUCUCAGCAGGAAGAGGGGAGGCUGCUCUCCGCAGAGGCCGAGGCGGGCGCGGCCGGCAUGGUCGAGGCCCUGGUGCGCGAGCUGCCAGACCCUCGGCUGCACGAGGUGCUGAUGGAGCUGCUGUGGCGGGGCCUUCGCCGAGCGGGCGGCACUGACGCAGCUGCGGCGCCGGGGCUGGUGGCGCUGGAGAGCGAGCUGGGCGCUCCCGUGAUCGCGCGACUGCGCGGCCUGUCGGCCGAGGACCUGCUCGAGUGGGGCGCGGAGCUGGCCCUGGAGAUCAACAGGCACCGGAACACGGUGGUGGAGUUGCGGCCCUGCCGCUUGGGUUGGGGCAGCCUCGAGACGAGCGAGGCUUCGGCCAGGCUCUCGGCGCACGGCCUGGAGUUGGCGUGCGCGGGGGCUGCCGAGGGAGGCGCCGUGGUCGAGUUCGAGGUGCCGUGGGACUUCGUGAGCACGGCGGCGCCCGCGGUGCUCGCCGGGCCCCCGUUCUUCUUCUACUGCGACGUCGAGAGACUUGUGGCGGUCGGGGCGCUGCCGGAGGCGAUCGUACACGGCUCCUGGGUACCUACCCCCGACGCCCUGCUGGAGAUAAAGUGCGACGCGUCGCCUGAGCUCUUCAGGCCCCUGUGCGCCGCGCUCGCCGGGCGGCCGGGGGGCGCGGCGCUGGAGGCGCACGCGGAGGCGACAGGGAGCGCCGGGGCGGCUGGAGGCGCCGCGGGCGCGCCGCGGAGGA